ACGGUCGUAGAGAGGUGGUAAGAGGGAGACGACACCGGUCACGGUCAGGACCAGCAGUCAAUGGAUGACAGCACAGCAUUCGGUCGCAACUGCAACUUGCGCCAAGAGAAAACACAACUUUUGGUCAACGUUUACCCUCGACCCUCGGGUAAACCAAGCAUUGUUUUUUAAUGUUGAUAAUAGGAACGGGGAAGCUAACGUCAUUUUUCUAGCUUCAGAUGUUCGUCCGCUCUUCACCUGGUGCUGAAGGGAUGUGUGGGUUGGAAGUGUUAGGACACAUCUAGUCCACCUCUGAUCAGAGAGAACAUAGCGCUGUGUCUUCCACACACUGCCUGCCUGGGGAGACCAGCCACCACAUCCUCACAGCAUUGCAUGCAGCUGGGUCAAAACCAGAGGAGAAGAGAGAAUGGCUUUCUGUGGUGUUGUGAUGAUGAGAGGAUAACGGGGCCGAGCACUGAGGGCCCUGAGGUGGACAGGCACAGUUGAAGCAGCAGGCCAGGCAGGCGGUGGGCACCCACCGUCCAGGGACCAGAAGCCACCAUUUCUCGGGUGGUGUGGCCGGCGCGGAGGAGGGGUGCCGUGCGGAGGCUGGAGGCACUCUGGAUGAUGACCAGCCUGUUCCGCCGCCGCAACAGUGGUAACCAUGGUGACGUGGCGUCGCACAGCGACAGCCCAGUCCCAGCUGAACUCAACAACAGUAAUCCCAGUGGGGGUGGGCGAACGGUGCGGCGUCUGGAGUUCAACCAGGCUAUGGAGGACUUCAGGACUAUGUUCCCCAGCAUGGAGCAGGAGGUGAUAGAGUGUGUGCUGCGGGCCAACCACGGAGCCGUGGACUCCACUAUUGACCAGCUGCUCCAGAUGAGCCUGGACGGACACGGCUCUGACGACAGCUCCGACUCAGAGGACAGCAUCCCCCCUGAGAUCCUGGAGCGGACUUUGGAGCCGGACAGCUCUGACGAGGAGCCCCCGCCGGUCUACUCUCCGCCCUCCUAUGACAUGCACAUCUACGACAGGAAGUACCCAGAUCAGGUCCUUCCCACAGCAUCACCACCACCCAGCUUUGAUGCCAGUCAAUCCCGUCCCUGCCAGCCCCCUCCUGGUCCACACCCUCCUGCCAGUCAAAGGCAGAUUGGAAGUUACAGGAACUGGAACCCACCGUUACUAGGCAACCUCCCUGAUGAUUUCCUCCGGAUCCUGCCUCAGCAGCUGGACAGUCUGCCACGCUCUCACAGCAGCCUAACGCCGACUAGUCUGACCCAGCCCUCCUGCUCUUCCUCCCUGUUGUCCAUGACGCAGCAGGUUGAGCCUGGGGCUGGGGCGGCGGCCAGGGCAGGCCAGGUUGGCAUGGAGACGGACCAGGAGAGAAAGCUGAAGCAGUACUUGGAGGAUGAGAGCAUAGCCCUCUUCCUGCAGAACGAGGAGUUUAUGAGGGAGCUGCAGCGCAACCGCGAGUUCCUCAUCGCCCUUGAGAGAGAUCGGCUGCAGUAUGAGUCAAAGGCAUCCAAGUCCCAUCAUUCACCAGCUGUCAUGGGGACGUCCACUCCAGGAGAUAAUUGUGCCUCAGGCUCUGGGGAGGCCUGCACCAAUGUUACUGAUGACGCCUUGUUCCGUGACAAACUCAAGCACAUGGGCAAAUCUACGCGAAAGAAGCUUUUUGAAAUCGCUAGAGCUUUCUCUGAAAACACCCGAAGAAGAAAAACGAAAAGGAGAGCCCUCAUGAAACAUCAUUCACUGGGUAAUGCUGCCUCCACUGCCAACCUCUUGGAAGAUGAAGAAGCUGGACACCUGAGUGAGGAGGACAGCAUGCUCAAGAGACCAGGCCCUCAGGAAGAGGAGGUGCCCCAACAGGAAGUGUUAUGAUUUCUCAUAUAGUUUUGUCUGUGACAAUGGAAGAACAAUAUGGCUCACACUACCCCCUUCUUGACCUGAACCAAGUCCCGUGGAAUAUUACUACCUUCAGAUGAAAUUUCCCAGUUAUGAAGUCGUAAGUCCUGUUUUAGAAGUCAGAGCAAUUCUUCAACCAAUGAGAUUUCAUCUAGCGCGAUGAGCUAGCUAACAUUGCUAGUGAUAAAGUUAGCUAGCUUGCUUAACUUUCACAAUAUGGUAAACUAGCUAUUAUCCACAUUGAUAUGUAACGUUAAUUUGCUUUAUCAUCUUAUUGUUGAAAAGAUGAAAUGUCAGUGAUGAAACGUCACAACUCUUAAAUUGGUUAUCUUCUCUGAAUUUCACUCUUGGGAUUCCAACAUGGGAGGGUUGUUCAAGUGCUUAUUUCCCAGUCGGAACAUCGUAUUUCCCACUUGAGUAGCAUUUGAAGGCAGCAUAUUGCUCUUUUGGUUUCAUGUUUCAGAAAUCAUCAAACUAGCUAGUUAGGCACUUUUUAAAAUAUUUAAGUUAUAUGUAAAAUGUAUUGUUAUUGAUGGUGAAUAUUAAAACAUGUUAUGAUUAGAAAAACUAUAUUUAAUUUUUUUAAAUAUUUUAAUUAUUCCUGAUAAUUGCUGAGUGAUACAGUAAAGGCACAGUGAAAGCUGGAGUUGUAAUUCUGAUAGGACUCAGGACCCUAGUGCAUUUUACUCUCAUAUGAAUGGAUUUGACCAUGUCUAGCUCCGGAACAUUCAAACAGUCCAUUUCUGGCCCCAUGUGAGUUUGUCUGUGUGCAACAGCGAUUGUUCUAGUUUAUGCUUCCCCCAAUGCAAUUAUAUUUUUCAUAAUCUGAGACUAUAUUCUCUACCAAAUUGUCUGCCUUAAGGUCCAACAACAAGGUCCAGAUAGGCAAAUUUUCCCCAUUGAUCUAAUGGUACAGUUGAAGUCGGAAGGUUACAUACAUUUAGGUUGGAGUCAUUUAAAACUUGUUUUUCAACCACU